UAAAGGACUGAAUGAAUAAUUUAGAGGUCUGUUCACCUGAGAUGACUACAAUUCUGAGAUCGAGUAGGAGUGUCUGUUCAACCAGUUUAUACUGUCUGAAAGCAGACUCAAGCUUCUGAUAUAGUCAUCUUAUUGUGCUAUCAGGAAGUGUUGGUAUCAGAGUUAUAGGUAAGUUUUGUUUUCUUGGUUUACAACAAUUCUUGUGUUUUCACGAAGGAUGAUUUUCUGUUUGUAGAGGUGUUCAGUCUUUGCAUCAAGGCAUAAGUAGAUGCAUUAAAUUAAAAUGUAAUUGGUUUAUAUUCAUGGACUGUUUUUAUUUCAUCAGUAACUUUUUGGAGUAUCCCGAUAUUUUUGUGCAAAUGUAAAUUUUAUCAGAUGCCUCAGGUAACCUAACACUUGUCUGUUAGAUACCCUGUCAAAUGUUCUUCUCACUUUUCCUGUUCAUUGGAAGCCAACGUUUGCAGUUUGCUUCCUGUGUUUAGUGUUGCCCCUGGCAGAGGAUUAAGUACUAGCAUUACUGUUAUAAUGGAAUUUCAACUAUUGUUCCAGACUGAAUUUUGGAAUAAAGACUUGUUCAGAAUUAAGUGUCUCAACUGAGUGUCUACAACAUGGAGGCAAAGCGAGUGAAGAGGGAUGUUCAAACUUUGCUUGGAGAAUAUAUUGGACAGCGACUCAGAGAAAAUGGUUUUGAUCCAAAAGGGAAAAGCACUUUUACAAUGUUAGAUGAUUUGGCCCAUUACGACUUGGCCAUAAGUGUGGCUUUGUGGUGGCUCAAUAAAGAUGAUGGGAAGAAUGCAGUUGAGAACAACUACAUAGGAAUUGGCAGUUUACGACAUAUUAGCCAGUACCCUAAUCGCCUGGAAAGAGAAGCAAUGAUCCUUUCUUCCUUUGCUGGAAUGCUUCUGAACAGCUUACCUAUAGAAGACAUUCUGUCUCUGUACAGUUGCAAACCAUCUGCAUCUUACCCUCAUAAUCACAAUAAGGGCAACAUUGUUCACCCAUUCUCCCUCUCUUAUCAUCCAUUUGCAAUGCUUAGUUCAUUCAAAGCAGUAGAGCGCUCCAGAAAACACACCCAGGUGCUGAAACGCUGGAUCAAAGAACACAGUAAACAGGAAGUCUCUCCAGUAACAGAGACACCGGAGUCGUCCUCCUCUUCUAGCUCCUCAUUUAGUGACAGUGAGGACUCUUUAAAAGAUGAAACUGCUCACUAUGAGGGCUCGCAAGAAUCUCUGCAGGACUGAAAACAGCAGCUGUCCAACAAGCAAAUAUUCAUUUGCAUGGUUUAUUAAACAUUGCUAUCAUUACACAUUUAUCAUCCUUGCAGGUGUUUCCUGGCUUGUCUGUAUUGUUAAAAUAGUGUUUCUUUCCCAAGACUUUGUUCACAGCCAGGUAAUAAUAAAGAGAGGAGAUUAAUUUAGAUUAAUCUUUUUUAUAAAUACCAAGAUGACCUGUUUUUACUGACUUUAUUAAUAUUUGUCCAAAGAGUUCAUACAGUAUCUUUUAGAAAUGGAAGGUGUGUAUAAUUAUUUUGUCCAUGCAUUCUCAGUUUAUAAUAAAUGUGAAUUAAAAUGCAAUGUUAAA